AUGUCGGCGUCUCGUAUUUUUGACACCAUGAAUGAAUGUCUGACCUUGAUACAAUCGGAUUCCCCUGAAGCUCAGGAGAAAGGUCUUCAAACUCUGGCUGCAAUAACCAAGGUCAGUCCUCAAAACAGAACCUGGGUUGCUCAAACAGAAGGAGUAAUCCCAACAUUAGCUACACUGACAAAUGCUUCCUCCCCCAUUCUCCAAACCCUUUCCUUGUUGAUCCUCUUUAACCUUUCCCUCAAUCCUGAUCUAAAGCAAUCCCUAGCAGACAUGGACACAAUUCACUACCUAAACUCCCUUAUUACCUCAUCAACUUCUCAUGAUUCCUGCAAAUUAGCCUCCUCAUUGGUUUGCAGCUUGGCCAUGCUUGAUAAAAACAAGGCCAAAUUUGGGGUAGCGGGCACUGUUCAGUUGGUGGUGAUGGCUAUUAAGAAAAUUGAAAGCUCUGUUGACUCUGAAUCUGAUAUCCAUCACCUUUUGAGUUCUUUGGCUGAGCUUGUUCUGUUCCACGGGAACUGCACUUUGGCUGUGAGAGCCGGGGCAGUUCCAGUGCUCCUUCAACUAGUUCAGGGAGCUGAUAAUGAGGACUUGGUUGGGACGUCUCUCACUGUUCUUGGUCUCCUUACAAGGUUUGAUGAAGGGUUGAAUGCACUGAAGAAAACUAAUCAGAUAAUUGGUUCAAUGUUAAGUGUGUUGAAAGGGAGGUCCUUGUUGAGUAAGGAAGGUGCAGCUGAUAUCCUUCUUCGCCUUUUUGAUGACAGUGAAGAAUGUGUUGCAGAGGCUCUGAUGUUACCUGAAUUCUCAACUGUUAUAGCUAAUCUUUCUGUGAGGGGCUCGGCGAGGGUUCGGGACAAGGCUGAUUUGCUAAUGAAGAAGAUUGCAAAGGUGAGCUUAGAUGCUAACAUGGAAGCUAGCUCCUUGUACGUUUAG